GGUCUGUCAUCUCCUCCCUGUAGUGACGCGGUGCUGCCACCUAGUGGCGGCCUGCAGCAGCUGCAGCAGCAGGAUCUGUUCCGGACUCUGCAGGCCGGGGACUGGAGCUACCGGGGACACCGAGGAGGGGAUGAUCCACAGGGACUGUUAGCAUCUGGACACAUCAUCACAGACAACCUCGACAGCACAGGAGCUCACGCACACUUGGAUGAGUGUGUGCUCGCGCUGCACGGUAACAGGUGAUCUCCUGCUCCUCUCAGCGUAGCUCCGCCCCUCAGAGAGUCUGUCUGACGGGGCAGGUUGGCGGGCGGGUGUCAGGGAGAAAUAGCGGCCAUGUAUCAGGGGUGAGGGGGAUCGGCUGCGGGGGACACACACAGCGUCGGGUGAGGAGGGGGGAGAUGAAGCUCAAACAGCGUGUGGUGGUGCUGUGUGCCGUGCUUCUCCUGCUCGGCCUCGCCAAGAUCUUCCUGCUGGAUGGAGGCGAGGGCUCCGCCGCCAGCCGCCGGGACCUCCGAGCCUUCCGCAAGAUGGAGGCCGGCCUCUCUCUGUCCCGCGGGGCUCGCCUCACCCACACCCUGCAGUCCCCUUGGGAGAUAGCCAGUCAGUGGGUGGGUCCGAGGGAGGUGUACCCCGAGGAGACCCCCGAGCUGGCGGCGGUGCUCACCUCGCUCAGCGCGGCCCGGAUUGAACGGGCCGACGUGGGCUACAAGGGUACGCAGCUGAAGGCUCUGCUGGUUCUGGACGGGGGUCAGAAGGUGGUCUUCAAACCCAAGAGGUACAACAGAGACUACGUGGUGGAAGGCGAGCCAUACGCAGGGUAUGACAGACACAACGCUGAGGUGGCUGCUUUUCACCUGGACAGGAUCCUGGGCUUCAGAAGAGCACCUCUCGUGGUCGGGAGGUACGUCAACCUGCGGACGGAGAUCAAACCUGUGGCCACAGAGCAGCUGCUGAGCACCUUCCUCAUGCAGGGUAACAACACCUGUUUCUACGGGAAGUGUUAUUACUGUCGUGAGAGCGAGCCGGCGUGCGCGGACGGAGAGAUGAUGGAGGGCUCGUUAACCCUUUGGCUGCCGGACGUGUGGCCGCUGCAGAAACACAGACACCCCUGGGGACGCACCUACAGGGAGGGGAAGCUGGCCAGGUGGGAGUACGAUGAGAGUUACUGCGAGGCCGUGAAGAAGAUGCCUCCGUACGAUGCAGGCCCGCGGCUGCUGGACGUAAUCGACACGGCCAUCUUUGAUUACCUCAUUGGGAACGCCGACCGGCAUCACUAUGAGAGUUUCCAGGACGAUGGCGGCGCCAGCAUGCUCAUCCUGCUCGACAACGCUAAGAGCUUUGGGAACGCCGCCCUGGAUGAGCGCAGCAUCCUCGCCCCCCUGUACCAGUGCUGCAUGGUGCGAGUGUCCACAUGGAACAGGCUGAACCUGCUGAGGGGCGGGACUUUGAGCUCAGCGAUGCGUCAGGCUCUCGGUUUUGACCCCAUCCAGCCGGUCCUGUCCGAGCCCCACCUGGCUGCCUUGGACCGCCGUCUGUCGGGCGUCAUAGGGACGGUGAAGCAGUGCAUGGAGAGCCAAGGCCCCGACAACACACUGAUCGAGGACCGCAUGAACCUCCCCCACCCAUAGACACACAGGACGGUGCUGCUGAGGGGGAGGAGGGAGGAAGGUGCAGAGUUGUAGGGGGUGAAGACUGUACGACCCCCGCGCUGUUUUCUGUCCCAUCACAGGACGGCUCUCUGGACUCUGUCUGAGCUCUCUCUCAGGACUGUUGUACAUACAGGACAGUGUCUGACCUCUGCGCCGUGUGUCACAGGCUGUUCACGGUCACACGCACUGAAGGGUCGACUCUGAUGAAUGAAAAUAAGUGAAAUCUUGAUUAAAACGUUUUUCCUUUCUCCUUAAGUCAAACUGAACUCUGGAGGAAAAGACAAAGAGCUCCUUCUCUGUACAGAUUUAUCUCCAUAGUGACAGAAAAUAUACAUCUGUGGGUUAUAAUGUUCAAUACAUGGUGUGUAUGUGUGUGUGUGUGUGUAUGUGUGAGAGUGAGAGAGAGUGUGUGUGUGUGUGAGAGAGUGUGUGCGCCAUAUUGUGCCAUAUAUAAGAAGCUACUGACGUGACAGACUUGAAGGGGGGGUGUGAGGGUUCAUCUUCAUCAUUAAACUCUGAUCUAUUUAACUGA